GAAAAAAGUCAAAAAAUUUUAAAAAUUUAACUGUAUAUAGAUAACACUAACAUAAACAUUUGGUGAAAAUUUCAAGUAUUUACAGUGUUUAGUUUUUGAAUUACAACCAUAUAAAAAAAUCGAUUCGGUCGAAAGCUGCAGGUUUUACGUAAAAAUUCCCGUUUUUCCGUCACCAUUUUUUUUUGUUUUUCUCGAUUUUUUUGAAAACUGUUGGAAAAUGUUUACUUUUUACCUCUAUAUAAUGCAUCAAGGAUAUUCACUUUUCCAUCGGAAACCACCCCCGAAAUUUGAAAUUAAAGCAUUAUUUCGACUAGUUAUGCUGUAAACAGACACAAAAAAAAAACAUACAUCAUUGUAAAAUCAAUACAUUCAUCACUCCGUUCAGAAUCUAAAAAAGUAACAUUAUGGACCACCGGCCGGUGAAUCUAAAGAAUGGAAUCUCUUGUUACCCCUGAAACCGGUGGCCGCAUACGCCUAUGGUUGCCUGAAUACAUAGAACAAAACUAAUAUUUUUUAUUUACCCAUAAUACAUUUAGUACCUAUAUUAUUAUUAAAUAUAUAUAAAUAGAAUUAAAAAAAACAAAAUUUCAUCGUCGAAAAAAUAAUAUGUUAUUCCAUCAUUAUUAUAUAAUUGCCCAGUAUGAUCUAUUAUUUGGACCGAAUACUGAAUAGUCUGCGGGUAUAAGCCAUUAGGUAAGAUAAUCUUAAACUUAAACAUUUACAUAAGUAUACAAUUAAUUUAAAUUAAAUUCUAUUGUUUGACACGAAAAUUACCGAAAAAAUACAUUUUUUUCCAAAAAUAAAAGGGAUUCUAACGUUAUAGCAUGAUUUAAGACUAUCUUAAAUCGUGCGUAAUAGUACCAUUAGCAACUCGAAAAUAUAGUUUAAUGGUAUAAUGGCCCCUUCUUUAAAUUGUUGCGUCUGCAAAACUGAACCUGCAAAAUUUACCGAUCGUUUUAACUAGUUUAAGUUAGCUGGUUAUCCUAAGAAAAGAAAAUAAAUUGCUAAGUUCAAGUUAAUUAACCUAUAAAUUAAUUUCAGUAACAAAGUUGAGAAAAAUAAUAACUCAUUUAAGAAAAGUUUUUAAAGGCUAUACUGCCUAUACUACUUAGAGGUUUGAACAGGUUAGGUUUUUUUUUAUUUAGUUUUCAACAAUAUUGUUAGUUUAGGGCGCGGAUUUAUAUGCAUUAAAAACCAACCAAAUAUGCUCAAAAAAUCUUAAAUAUGCAUAAAAAAUUAUUUAUUGAACAAUAGUGAGAUAAGGAAUGUCAAUGUUUAAUUAUGGUGCGAUGGUCGUAACCGAUAUUUUCUUAUUUCAGUUUACGUAUUUAUUUCCCAAAUUAUUGAUCUAAGCCAUGGCUUAAAUAUUUAAGCCAUGAUCUAAGCCAUAAUGCCAUAUUUGAAAAACCGUUUAUUUCUAUAAGUAUACCUAUUAAUUUAUAAUUUAUAUUGAUAUUAAUCAAAACUAUAAAAAUAUAAUAUUUUUCUUUAUAUUAUAAUAGACAAUCACAAUAGUACAUAAUAUUUAAAAAAUAUCUAAAAAAAAAAACAUCGAUUUAUGGACUAAAAGAUAAAAUAUGCAAUUAACAUUUUAAAAUAAGCCCUUAAAGUAGAAAUUUUCAAAAUAUUCAUGGACUAAGCUGAUCUCGGUCCGUGGCUCUGUGGCAGUAGAAAUCACGGUCAUUAUUAUAAGCCAACAGCUAAGUUGAUAAUACUUGAGUGAUAAUAACUAUCAUAAGUUUGAAUUAUCAAUUAUCUUCAAAUAACAUUUCGUAUCUUACCUCAAUAACGCUAUAGUAGACUGUUACUUAUAUAGCACUACCAUAAUAAUACUUCGAUAGUAAGUUGUCAUAGUUUGUAGUGUAACUGUGUAAACUGUAAAGUGUUAGUAGUUAGUACUUCGGAAACGUUCAGAGUGUUCAGACUUCAGAGUCGCUGGUCGUCAAAUGAUAUAAUAUUGUCGUGCUAUUCUUUAGAUAAAUAUUUCAUUUUAUACAUUUAUUUACCGUUUAUAAAAUGAAUUCAUCCACACAAUACAGUAUGCGUUGGGAUGAUUUUUCAUCCCAUUUCACUAAUGAAUUUGUGUCUCUACGGAAUGACGAACAAUUCGUCGAUGUCACAUUAUGUUGUGAUGAUCAAUUCAUCAAAGCUCACAAAGUUAUUUUAUCAGCAUGCAGCCCUUAUUUUAAAAAAAUACUCAUGAUGAAUCCAUCAAAACAUGUCACAGUUAUUAUGCACAAUGUGGAAUAUGAACUUAUGAAAACUUUAGUUGACUUCAUGUAUUUAGGAGAAGUACUUGUAAAUCAAAAUAAUGUUGAUAGGUUUUUUAAAUUAGCCAAAACAUUCAACAUAAAAGGAUUUCAAAAUGGAUUUAAUAAAAAUGAAAGUUCAAUUUUGCCUUCCUUAUGUGAAAAUGUAGAGCAAGAUGUUCCAAAAAACGAUGUUAUUGAUUCUAUGGAUAAUCAUGAUGAUGGAUUAUUUGCUAAUCAAUUAGAUCAACUCAAUCAACUUGUGAAUCCCAAUGAAAUAAUUAAACGAAGGAAAAUAGAAACAAAUUAUUGGCAACAAUCUACUGAAACAACUCCAUCAACUCAACCAGAAAAACAGAGGUGUCAUUCUUUGGAUCCACGACCAUGUCCAGAGUGUGGUCGUCAAUAUAGCAGUUUAUCUAACUUAAGGCAACACAUUGAAUUAAUUCAUAAACCUGGUUGUGUCGUUUGUCCUUUAUGUGGUAAAACAUUCAAAAAUAAGCUUUAUUUACGGCGGCAUUUUAUAAGUUUUCAUGAAAUGUUACCAUCCAAAGUACAAAAUACAUCUGACCCAGGUACACCUUAUACUUCAACUCCAUUGCAUUAUCAAUCUGAUCAAAAUCAACAGAGAUUACAAAUCAAAGAACAGUCUAAUACCCAACAAUUAAGUUCUACUUGUUUUGAUCAAAGUAUACAUCCACGUUAAGUAGAGCCAAAUGGCAAACGUUAAGUUACUUUUUUCUAAUAAUUGUUGUUAUGGUAUUAUUAUUGAGUAUUAUCAAAGGCCAUGGGUUUAAUCAUCUAAUUGUAAAUUAAAUAUUGACUAUUUAUGUGCAAUUAUAUUAAAUGUAAAUACUUUAUUCUUUAUUAGAAAAUAUACUUUUUUUGCAGGCACAUGUUCAAUGAGUUUAUAGGGACCAAAUUCUCCAGAACAUUUUCUAUGAUAUACAUUUUUUUGAUUUUUCAAAAGUAUUAUAACAAUAUUUAGAAUCAAAACCAAUUUUUCUUAAUACAAUUUUGGCUAUGUGCCUGAUUUCAUGAUCUCUAAAUUAAGUAUUACAAGAUGCUAUACAUCUUCUAUACAAACCAAGAAUUUUAUUUGGCCUGUAUUUAAUAUUAUUUUAGAAUCAUUAAAUAUGGUGCUAAUACUUGUAAUCCAAAUAGAUUAAAAUAUUUCAAUCUUUUAAUCUCAUAGUUUAAACAAUAAAUGAAUAAAUGUUAAUUACUUAUUGUUGUCUCCUAAAGAUAUGGAAUGCUACUAAUAUAUUAACUAACAAUGUAUCACAUUUAUAACCAUUUUUAGGGCUACUAGACAAAUAGCUUCAAUAAUUAUAAUUUAUUAUAUUAUAAUAAUUAUGGUUUUAUGAUGACUUACUUAAAUAUUUUUAAUAUAUUCAAAUACUAACUGCAAUAAUAUAGAAACCAUGAAACAAAAGUCCUUCAUGGUCAAUAUUUAAUAUAUAUUUUUUUAUUGUAUUUUCUUAACUUAUGUAUAUGUUAUGGAGUAAAAUAAAUUUAGAUAACGCAAAAUUGUCAACAUAUCCAGUAAAAAUUAUAUUAUACAUAUCAAUUAUUAUUUUUUUUCUUAUUUCAAUAGUUAUCUUAUAAAACCAACGUAUUUACCAUAUUCACUUUUAUUUUUUCAAAAAUGAUCCCUUAAAUCAAUAUUAACUAUUUCAGAAAUGGAUUCCCAAACAAUAGCAUAUUUAAACCUGGUUUGAUAUCACAAUCAAAUUUAAUUUUAUUACAAUAUUUUUUUGGCCUGCCUUUUUAACUUAAUUUAAUUGUAUAGUAAUAUAACUACCAUGACUUUUAAUUAUAUCAAUAACAAAGUCAGAAAUAUAGUUAAUUUAGGUUACAUUUUGCACUUAAUCCAUAACAUAUAUAUUGUCAAAAUAAAAUCAGUAACAAAGUGGCCAACUGGUACACAUGAUCAUGGCACCACAUUUAGUAAAUAAAUAUGAUUUAUGCACCAAAAUAAAUUAUCUUGGCGUUAAUACUUGUCAUUUAAUAAAUUGUAAACUUAUACUGUAUAAUAUUGUUAAUUCAUUUUACAUUCAAAUAGUUUUAAUUAUGUUAUGUUAUAUUUUUCUUGAUUAUUAUAUAAUAUGGUUUAAAAAAUACAAUUUUUAAACUUCUUUGUAGGAACUUAUAUAAGUUGUAAAUUAUAUAAGUAAUACAUUUGUAUAAAUAAAAUUAAUUUAUUAAUUAUUA